CCUUGCAUUCCACACAGAGCUCCUGGAAUGAUCAAUGAAUUCUCGAUAAAACAACGGUUGUGCCACCUGCUGGCACGUCAUUGUCCUCCUGGCCAAUCACACUAAUGUACCCGGAGAGACACUUCCCGUGCGCUCCUGGAGAUUCCACAGCCUUCCGUGAUUAGUGCCCGGUCCUUGGCGGGUACGCUGACCCGGGAACAGACUACAGUUAAGCAAGGCGCGAGCGGCAAGGCUGGGCACACUGUCCGAGGGCUUCAACGACUUUGUUUGGACUGACCUAUGAAACUGUGGCGAACUGUGGACUGCGUCCUUAUGCCAAAUAUAUCGUCCUCGGCUUUAUCCGUCAAUUAAUACCGUUGUUUGUAAGAGACACCAUGACCCAGUCGGAGGAUAAGCACUCACAAGUGGACGGCACAGAUACUGAAAUGGACGUCAUAGACGCUGAAAUGCACUCCACUGAAAGGUGACUUCCAGCCACUUCACCUUCCCAAACUUUUGAAUAUGCCAGGACUUCAUGAUGAGCUCCAACAGCACAGACCCUGGCCUCUACCUGACCAUCAGCUCCCCAGGAAUGGGCAUCAUCUACCCAGACACCAACACUCUCCACAGGGACCCCUGGCCAGAGCUAACCGGCCCGGAUGACAAGGACUCCUUCCUCAGUGGCCUCUUCAACCUCACAGGCUCGCUCAAUGAGACGGUGUCCUCUCUGACCUACGACCCUCUGGGGGGUCACACAGUGUGGCAGGUGGUCCUCAUUGUCUUCCUCACUGGCCUCCUGUCCCUGGUCACCAUCAUUGGCAACAUCCUGGUGGUGGUAUCCUUCAAGGUCAACCGCCAGCUCAAGACUGUCAACAACUACUUCCUGCUCAGCUUGGCUGUGGCUGACCUCAUCAUCGGGGUCAUCUCCAUGAACCUUUACACCACCUACAUCAUCAUGGGCCAGUGGGCCCUGGGCAACUGGGCCUGUGACCUGUGGCUGGCUAUUGACUAUGUGGCCAGUAACGCAUCCGUCAUGAACCUGCUGGUCAUCAGCUUUGACCGUUACUUCUCCAUCACCCGGCCCCUCACCUACCGCGCCAAGCGGACCACACGGCGGGCUGUCCUGAUGAUUGGCCUGGCCUGGUUCGUGUCCCUGGUCCUUUGGGCCCCAGCCAUCCUGUUCUGGCAGUACUUUGUGGGGGAGCGCACAGUGCCCCCUGAUAAGUGCUACAUCCAGUUCCUCUCAGAGCCCAUCAUUACAUUCUGCACGGCCAUGGCUGCCUUCUACCUGCCUGUCACUAUUAUGAGUGUGCUCUACUGGCGUAUCUACAGGGAGACACAGAACCGCGCGCAGGAGCUGGCUGGUCUGCAGGGCUCAGGGAGCCGAGGCAGGGGAGGGGAGAGGGCUCACUUCGUCCACCACCAGGCUGGUAGUGCCAGGAGCUGCAGCAGCUACGAGUUGACCCAGUCCUCCCAGAGAAAGAGCCCUGGCCGGGCGCUGGCCGCACGAUUCCACUGCUGGCCCAUGAUGCGCUCCUGGAGGCCUGGCAGCACCCGGCCUGGGGAAGGGGACGCUGACCACAGCAGCAGCGACAGCUGGAACAACAACAAUGCCAGGCUGUCGGUGGAACACUCAGGCUCGUCUGAGGACGAGGAGGGAAACGGUAGAGGGAUGAUGCCUCAGGACCACGCCAUCUUCUCCAUAGUCCUCAACCUGCCGGGGAUGAAGGCAGCCGUCAACUCCCACCUCACCUCCUGCGAGGACCUGGACCUAGCCUCAGAAGAGGACCCCCUAAGGGGGGAGGAGGACAGCCGGGAUGGCCUCUCUACCACCACCACUACUAUCACCCCUGAUGGGGCCAACACAGACAACAGCAGCUACCACCAACGCUUCCCCUCCCGGAUAUCCAAAGUCCAGUCCAUGCCUGCCCUCCAGGCCACCAGAGUGGGGCCGCUCUCUGGCUCCUCUGCCACCACCACCAAAUCACCCUCGGCGCCCAUCUCCUUCAAAGACGCAGCUCUAGCCAAGAGAUUCGCCUCUAGGGCAAGGACGCAGAUCACCAAGCGCAAGCGCAUGUCUCUGGUGAAGGAGAAGAAGGCGGCACAGACCCUCAGCGCCAUCCUGUUUGCCUUCAUCAUCACAUGGACACCCUACAACAUCAUGGUGCUAGUCAACACCUUCUGUAAUGGCUGCAUCCCCGAGGCUCUGUGGGCGCUGGGCUACUGGCUGUGCUACGUCAACAGCACCGUCAACCCCAUGUGCUACGCUCUGUGCAACAAGACCUUCCGCACCACCUUCAAGAUGAUACUGCUCUGUCGCUGGGACCAGCGCAAGCGGCGGAGGAAGCAGCAGUUCCAGGAACGGCAGUCCGUAGUGUUCCACAGGAGAAUUCCUAAAGACUCAACGUAGCGGGAUAUAGACCCAGUGGGCAUCUGGUGAUGAUGAUGAUGAUGAUAAUGAUGUUAAUGAUGAUGAGUCUGGGAUCUAACAGGACAGUGGAUGGAUGAGGCAUCCUAAAGGUUCUGUCUGUGGUUUUUAACUGCACAGAGAUUCCCAGGGAGGCGGCCAUAUUGUUGCUGUGGUGUCUGAUGUUCUCUGUGGAGCCACGACCUCCACAGUGACAUAUUCCUCUGUUUCUUCAAGAGAGCUCCCGUGGUGAUAGCUUCCUCUAGAUUGUUCCAGUUCUCAGCAUUUCAGAGAAGUGCAGCUGAAAGGACUGACAGUGAAAACCAAUAGAACAAGGGCUUAAAAUGCAAUGAGGGGACAAUUCAAAGUGCAAUUGAUACCUAGGGAGAUAAUAUGAUAUAAUAUGUGUUUUGGAUUUGGGGUUUUCCAUUUCUUACCAUUUUCUUCUCAGUGGUAGAGCUGUAUCGUACAGAGCAGUUGGGGUUUUCUAAGUAAACUGUACAUCUGUUAUAUCGCAUUGAAAGACAAGUCCAAAACAUUGUGCGUCAAUAGACUGCAUCGUAUUGAUUUUGAGCUCCCUUUUGGCUGAGCUAGAUGUUUUUGUUAUUUUUUACUCUGACUUCUGUACAUUGCCUUCAACUUGGUUAUAGCUUUCUUGUGUCUUAUAAAAUGAGAGAAUUUAAAACAAAACGGUGUCCUAUUUGUGACAACCGGUGUUUCAAAGUUGAUGGUUAUUUUUGUGUAAUAAAUUGGUCUAUAGAUUUUCGUCUAUAGAUUGUGAGCCAGUCUGAAAAUAUUUCUGAGUACCUCAGUGAGCUGGUAUUGUGUUCAAUGUGAGUUGUGGUUUACAUGCUGGAGACAGUAAGUGCAUCAAUUUCUUCAAUUGUUGUUAAUGUACCCAAGGUUUUUGAGUAAUGGUAAUAUGAUAUUUCUAACUUGAUACCUAAUGAUUAAUUGUACGCUAAAGAGAUUGGUCAUUAUGAAUUGUAAUGUUUUGAUUAUAUUUGAAAUAAUAUUUGAAAAGGUUUCUCCAUUUUUUCUCACUGGCUGUCCAAAUGUAAUUCCCUAAGUAAAAGAUUGGUCUGUGGUCUCUAGAUGAAGUCUCUAGCUCCUAGAGGAUUUAGCAGUGCCAGAGCAGCAUCUGCUGGAUGAAUAGAAUUCUACACUCUAGUAACUUCCAGCUUACUUCCAUCAGGGAAAUGCUGUUGUAGGUCCAUAAGACAGUGGGAGAUUCCGUUUUGGAUCUGUCUGUCCUCCAGUCCUCCGCCCUCCUCUCCUCGGUGACACGGAAACCGAAAAGUGGUAGGAGAGUUUCAAUUCAGAGGAUGCUCAGCUGCAUCCUUACACGGAAGAGUUUUGAAAUCUGCCACACACCCUUUGAAACAGCAGUUGUUUUCUCAGAGUAGAAAAGCAUGCACACAUUUAAAAAAGGAUGUGUUACUUAUCCUUUCAUCUAUAAAUUGUCUAGUUCAACUCGCUACAUGUUUAACACUUUACACUGGUAUUUUGGGAUUCCACCUCUGUAAACAUAAUUUGCAUGAUGAUGCAUUAGAGAGAGGAGAGUCUCAUUUAAUUUCAUAUCAGCGUCAUGUUUCCACAUUCUCAUCUUGCCUCCCCGCCUCAAUUCUCUGAGAUUUUUCUGAAGGAGGUGAGGAGAGGACAGAAGAGAGGAAUCUAGGAAAUCCAACAGAGAUUCUCCCAUAGCUGAGAAUAGGUAAGAAACUUAAAAGAAAAUGGUUAGACCCGUUUAGCCUUGCUACAUAUGGCAUAUGGAUGGUUAGACUAGUUUAGCCCUGCUACAUAUGGCAUAUGGAUGGUUAGACUAGUUUAGCCCUGCUACAUAUGGCAUAUGGAUGGUUAGACUAGUUUAGCCCUGCUACAUAUGGCAUAUGGAUGGUUAGACUAGUUUAGCCCUGCUACAUAUGGCAUAUGGAUGGUUAGACUAGUUUAGCCCUGCUACAUAUGGCAUAUGGAUGGUUAGACUAGUUUAGCCCUGCUACAUAUGGCAUAUGGAUGGUUAGACUAGUUUAGGCCUGCUACAUAUGGCAUAUGGAUGGUUAGACUAGUUUAGGCCUGCUACAUAUGUCAUAUGGAUGGUUAGACUAGCUUAGGCCUGCUACAUAUGGCAUAUGGAUGGUUAGACUAGCUUAGGCCCGCUACAUAUGGCAUAUAGAUGGUUAGACUAGUUUAGGCCUGCUACAUAUGGCAUAUGGAACUGAAAAGUGGUGCUCUUUUCAUCUUACGUCACAAAGCCAGUGAUUUCCAUCAAGUUAUUUGACCGUGCAAACAGUGUGAUUUAAGGUGAUUUGUCUACAUGUUUUUAAUAAUACCCAGUGCUAAAACAAUGGAAUAGCUCCAUUUUAAAAUGUAUUGUCAUACUAUGUGAUGCACCAUGCUUCAGGCCAGAACCGGAUGAAUACAGAAAAUAUUAACAACCCGGCAUCUUUUUGUGUAUGGAUUUUGCUGUUUAAGUGUAUGUAUUACACUUAGGUUUGUAAAUGGAUAGUGAAAGCAAAUAACAUACAUGUACCACAGGCAUGUUGAGUGAUGACUAUGUGAUAUUGAGAAGAAUGGCAGAAUGCUACCGUGUGGGUUAACACUUUAUAAUAAUGUUCAGACAGGAACAUUAUUAUAAAGUGUUACCCAGUGGGGUAUGUACGCCAGAUAAAGUUGAAAAAUGAGAGAAAUUAUUCAGUGUCUGAAAUGCCAAUGGAUAUUUCUUCUACUUUCAAUAUGUGAUACAGUGUUACUAUACUCCUGAUAAAGUGAGGUGUUUGUUUGGGAUGUGAACUACAGUACCUGAAGUAAGAUCAAAUUAAUAGCAAACUAUAACUUUUAUUGUUUUUUGUUACAUUUCAAUUAUGCUAAUCGUACCCAUGUUAUAAGUGAAUAAACAAAAAAUAUUUUUAUUGACA